AUGGCCCCUUCGCCGGCCCCUCAUGAAAGGAGUACCUUUGCUACCGAACGCUCUGCUCCUUCAACUUCUACAUCGCCACCUGCGCGAAACGCGGUGCCUUCACAGCCGAGGAGUCAACUCCCAGGCGCAACAACUGCCGCUCAGCCGUCCAGCAGCGGCAGCCCGAAGUCUGAUAAUGCUACCACAAGCAAAUCUUCUCCCAACGCAUCUCGAAAAGAUGCCAGCCACCCUAAGAUCAUUGUUAAGAAAGAGCCAGUCUCGCCUGGUCUGCCCGCAUCAACAUCAGCAUCAAGGCCCCGGCCCAGACGGUUGGAUUUGUCCAAGAACACUCUGGCUGGAUCCAAUCCCUCCUCCGCCCAUCCAAUGACGGCGCGCGACGGACUGGGAAUCCAAGAAGUUGGCAUCGCCUGUCUUUCCCCGGGCUUUAUGACGCAGGAUCCUGUGAUGAAAGAACAACUUCAGCGAAGCAUGACGGUCCGGGAGCAGCAGCGAAGCCUCAUCGAAGCAAGACUACAGCUGCAGCAAUCUGCCAAGGGAGAUGGCCCAUCAGAAAAGGAAAAAGAAUCGCCCUUCGCCGCCAAGACACCAGGCAUGUCUCGUAGAAACAAGGCGCCCCCCGGGCUCUCAAUUGUUGCGCCCUCACAUCAGCAGUUUGCAAACGAAAGAGUGAUUCAAUCCGCACCCCUUGGCCGCAGCUUCACUGGACAACAUAUGCCACCUUCAAGACAAGUACAUAACCAGGCUUCUAACCUUUCAAAUACUUCCCACAUCCACCAUGUUCAUGCUCAUCAGACCACAAAUCGGCUGCCUCCCAUUAGCGAUGUCUUUGGCCAGAACCUCUCAGCUCAUCCGGACAAUGGACCACACACCUCCGCCCUUUACCCCAGCCAUGCAGCCUCACGGCCUCAGUUGUCCCCUGGCCUCCCUCCAGCUCACCAACCGCCAACAUCUGGUCGCUUGAGAGAGUACAAGUCCGCGGAAGAGGCUCAGCAUGAAUUGGCCGGCGGACGACCAGAAUUACUACCUAGACUCGUCCACUACGGCGGUCAUCAACCUCCUACGCCUCCAUCUCCUGUUGCUGGCGGAAACCGUAAUCCCGAGGCCCAUCGAAGCACAAGUCGAAGGCGAACACGCGCCGAAUAUGAGGAAGGCAGCAGCCCUCCACUGGGCUAUGGCCCUGCCCCAACCCGACGUGGUCCCUUUGGUGCCGGCCGUGACAGCCCCGAAACGCAGCGGGCCAAGAAGGAAGAAUUCCUACAGCUGUGUGCCAGAGCCUGGGAUCUGUUCCAUUCAUAA